AGCACGGCAUCGCCCAGCGCGACGUGAUCGACGAGUUCCAGGAGAAGCUGGCCCUGACCCUGCAGAGCUACACCGAGCACCGGCACCCCCCCAGGGAGGGCAGGUUGCUGUACGCCAAGCUGCUGCUGCUGCUGACGGAGCUGCAGACGCUGAUGGUGGAGAACACCCGGCAGAUCCUGCACAUCCAGGACCUGUCGGCCAUGACGCCGCUGCUCUCCGAGAUCAUCAGCUGAGCUCAGCCACCACCCCCCGAUGUCACCGGCUGUCACCGGAUGUCACCGGAUGUCACCCCACAUCCAGGUCCCCCACCGGGCACAGAGUAA